AUGGAAUUCAAUAUACAUGAAACUUUCAAUGGUACAAUAACAUCAACAGUAUCUAAUCGAGAUGUUGCCGUUGAAGAUGAACUUAAAUUAGGUAUUCUUAAAAUAUGUUUAUUCAGUACAUUUUUUGUACUUGGUCUUAUUGGUAAUUCACUGGUACUUAUUGGCAUUGGACUUAAUAAAGGCAUGCAAACUCCAACAAAUUUAUUAAUAUUUAAUUUAGCACUUGCCGAUAUUCUAUUCAUUAUUGUUUGUAUACCAACAACUCUAUUUAGUUUCUUUGGCCGUUGGCCUUUUGCAGAAUUUGGUUGUAAAUUAGCACAAUUCAUCAAUCAUUUAUCUGCUUUUAUGAGCAUUUAUUUGCUUGUAUUCAUGUCAAUUGAUCGUUAUCUUGCUGUUGUUCAUGCUAUUGAUUCAAUUGGGAAUUACCGAACAACAAAAAAUACGACUAUUUGUAUUAUAGCUCUUUGGUUAAUGGGUGUUGUAUUAUCAUUGAUUAUUGGUUCAUUAUUUACUGUGAUUAAAUUCGGUGGUGAUGGAUCACCUGUAUCAAUGCAUUGUCUUCUACGUUAUUUACAAUUAGAUUCUGAUCAUAUACCGGAGGUAAUACAUACUACACAGUUUCCAGUAAUGAAUUCUUCAAAUUCUAUUUCAAUAAUAAAUCAUACCGAUGAUAAUUCUUUAAAUUCUCUAAAUCAAGUUUUACCGAUUGAAGCAAGUCUUUAUUGGCUUGGUUUUGUUAUAUUUCUUUACGCACUUCCGUUGACAAUUAUUGUCAUUCUCUAUGGAUUAAUGCUAAAAUUCUUACGUGGAGCACGUGGUCAAUCAGUUGGGAAAAGUAAACGACGUGCUACACGUAUGAUUUUAGCUGUUGUUUUAACCUAUGCUUUCUGUUGGUUUUUAAUGCAGUUAUCAUUUAUUUCGAAUAUUGUUCUUUCAAGAAAUACAAGUCAUGAUUUUGCUACUUAUAUGGAUAUUUUAACAACAUUUGCUAAUGUUUUUGCUUAUCUUAAUUCUUGUACAAAUCCAAUUCUAUAUGGUUUUAUGUCAAAAAAUUUUCGUUCAUCAUUUAUUGAUUUACUUUGUUGUCGUUAUUCGAAACGACAUAUCUAUCAACAUAAUGAAAGUUUACGUCAUCGACGUGCAACAGGAAAUUUUACAAAUAAUCUAAAUACAAAAUAUCGACAAAAUGAUUAUAUAGGAUCAUGUGUUUCACAUUUUACACAAUUAAAUCCAAUAGCAAGAAUGUCAACUGCAGGAGGAGAUGGAGUUUUUUCUUCAUCAUCACGACUUACAACAGAAUUAUUACCAAAAUAUGAUCAACAAGAAUUGAUAAAUGAUGAUAAAAGACUAUCAAUAGAUAAUUGUAGUUCUUGUCAUAUUACAGUUGGUACACAAACAAAUACAUUAGAUAAACCACAUCGUCGACGAAAACAUAUAGACAGAUCACCGAUCGUUGCUUAUACAUCAUUAUCAUCUCAAUCUACGCUAAAAACGACUGAGAUGUUUUGUGCAUAA